CCGUUGUCUCGCUCAUCUCGUCGCAGAUUCUUCCCUCCCCCUCAACGCCUCAACGUCUCUUGUUGCCGCACCACCGAGCAAACCCACGAUCCACGGCCACGACGGCAGCGGGCCUUUGAGUGGCAUCGUCACCCAUCGCCGGCAUUUCGAUCCUACAGCCAUCGGGCGCCCGGCCCUCGAUUUUGACCUCCGCGUCAAUUGAACGCCUUCCGCGCGGCGCGUGCUCUGCCCCCAACCUUAAUCUUGCUUUUUUGCCUCGACCUCACCUCUCGCGUACCGCCGUGUCGCCAAGGCGCGCUCACCGUUACCGCCUCUCCCCGCCUUGUCUUUGCCGUGGCCCGCGAGGGAGGAGAUGGCUUUGGAGCCUCGAGGCGUCUGAGUCGAGAUACAACUGCAACCCCUCGGCGGGUUGGACCCCUGAUCUGUACGCCUCGUGCGUUCCCUCCUCAACGGACCCUCCGCAACAACCCUCGUCUCGGUACCCGCCCUCCAUCACGCACGCCGGCUUCCCAUCGGCGCCUCGCUCGUGCGAGACCCCCGUGAGGUGGACGACGCGCACAGCCCUGUCUGCUGGUGGUCAUGUCAUCUGCGGCAGGUAAAGCCACCGGGGACCCUGUUAUCGCGGGAGCGGGAAUGCCCAGUGGCGACUAUCACGACUACGACGAUGAGUUCGGCGCCUCGAACCCCUUCGAUUUUUCCAACAGCCCAGACACCCUGCAGAGUCUGGAGACGAUAGGGACCAACGAGAGCAAGAACUUUCUCAACCCCCAGGAGUUGACGGCCUCCGCACCCGAGGCCCUCCCCGACUCCCCUAACGAGUUGUACCACGACUCUUCAUCCGAAUCGGCUUCCUCCACGAAGAGGGCCGGCAGCUCUGCAUCCACCAAGACGCCGGCGACGACCGCCGACACGGCGAUGGAGGAUGGCAAGGACGUCAAGAUGGAGUGGACCAACGCCGACUACAGCGCGUUUGACGAUGAGGACAACUCCUUCGCCUUUGGCCGCGAGGAAGAUGCCUCCGUCAUGAUGGACGCCAUGUACGGCUUCGGCGAACACGACGAUACCUUCAUGGAUCGCUCGUUCGAUUUUGAAGGCGCCUCGAGCAGCCCCGAAGCCGCGGCCGGUUCCCAGAUAAAUAUGCCAUCACCGGGUAUGCCCACCAUCAAGACUACCAGCCCCAAGAAAACUGCUCAGCCAAAUCGGGCGAAGUCGGCGAAUCACAAGAAACAGGUCUCACAAUAUUCGAUGGCCUCGUCCGUCAAUGGAGCCAAGACAGCCGCCUCGAGGGAAGUCUCUCCCAUGUCGGCCAUGGUGACCAGCCACAAUUCUUCCCCCGCAAAUACAUUCUUCAACUCCCCGUCUCCCGGUGCGGGCCAAGACUUCAAUAGGGCCAUGGGCGGUAACGCCGUGUGGCCGAACCGAAUGGACAUGGCCGGGCACGCGAACGGGCGGCCCGUCUCCAUUCCGUUUGGAGCGCCCGCGCCGAUGCCACAACAGCAGGCUGCCAUGUACAACGCGGCGCCUUUUAACUUCACCGGAGGCUACGAGUUGAGAAUCAUGCCGACGCCGCUCAAAUCACGAGUCGAGACUCAGAUCCCCAUCAAGAUGACACUCUCGCCAUUGCCUCCCGGAGUCACGAAGCUGCACCUCCCGGCUCACACGAUAUCUAAGCCGAAGCUUCUGACAAAGCCGCCUCCCGAGAGGUCCCCCGACACGCUGGAACUGCACGUCACUCUGGUCUGCACGAGCGCCAUGGAGCAGUCGGGAAUGAAGCAAAAGGCAUUGGACAGAGCCAGCAAGUUGCCGCAGCGUCAUUUGCCCGACCUGGACGACGAAAACUCGCCACAAAAUGGCGGUGACGUUCGCAUCUGCCAGGGUUGCAUCACCAGAGAACGGAAGAGAGCGGCACGAAAGAAGAUCAAGAAGCCAGACGAAGAGAAGCUCUGGAGCCUUGACGAGGAACGCCGCGUCAUCGUCUUCAACACGCAGGAGGUGAAGGAGUGGCAGCCUCUGAGCGGCGUCAUGGACCCUAACGGGCGGCCAGAGACGGUGGUAUCUAAUCGCGCUAUGCAGAUUGACGCGCCGAUGCGUAUCGCGUGCUACUGUCGACACCAUAACGAGAAGAUGGGUUUCAACGUCAUCUUCACCAUUAAAGACUUCCAGGACCGGGUCAUCGCGCAGGCAAUGUCUAACCCAAUCAUGAUCACCGAUGACCACAAGACACAUCCCAUGACGCAAGCUUCCUCGCAGCCCAUGUCUGAGGCCGUCACAUCUUCGACGGCAGCUCAAGACCCCGCCGCCACCAGCCUCGGGCCGCCUUCGCAAAAUGGCGGUCAUCACAUGUCACCAUCCGCCAGCGACCACCAUGCGGCCCAGCGCAACGGCCAAUCUCCGUCAUAUGCAGCUUCAGCCUCGGGCAAGACAACGCCAACUAUGAGCAUCGCGACGGCGCCGACCCGAACCAUGUCACGGCCGCCGUCUCCAAGUCAGGGCGGGCCGUUGGCAAAGAAGAGGAAGUCUAGCGGAAGCGGAACGCGAGUACCUAACGGAUUGACGAUGACAAGACUGGAGACGUCCCCGCCCCCCGGCUCUCAGACUGCCAGCGCCCAGCUGUCGACGGCCACGUCUCCCUUCUCCCCGAACCCGGCUGCCUUCCCGCAAAUGGAGCAGAUGUUCGGCCAGCAGCCAUUUGCCAAUGGGCCGCCCACACCCGGCAGCGGCGACCAGGUCCCGUUCUUUGCCAACAAUAGGUCGGCUAGCAUGGAUAACCUGGCCAUGGCCCAGCUGUACUCUGCGCCGACGUCAAGUCACCCCAGCCGGGCCCCAAGCCCCAACGGCCUGCGUAAUGGCGUUGCUAUCCCCCAGAACCAGUUUGCACAAUCGCUGAGCAGCAGCCUCUUCGCUCUACCGAUGGGGGUCCACCAGAACCGGCCUCCUCCUAUGAUUCACAAGAUCAUCCCGAACGAGGGCCCUAAGAUGGGCGGUAUCGAAGUCACCGUGCUGGGACAAGGUUUCUUCCAAGGGUUGGAAGUCUGGUUUGGUGACCAGAAGGCCACCACGACGACUUACUGGGGUGAUUCGUCUCUCGUAUGUCUGCUGCCCCCCUCCCCUGUGGCUGGGGCAGUGGCGGUCACUUUCAAGCACCAAGGCGUUCCAGGUGCCCAGAGCUUUACUAUGGGCAAGGAGCCGCCCAUCUUCAAAUACAUCGACGACAACGAGGACAAGCUCAUCAGAACGGCGCUGUCUGUGUUGGGUCACAAGAUGUCUGGCCAGAUGGUCGAUGUCAGCGAUUUGGCACGACGAAUUCUCAACGACGGCAGCUCGACGUGGGGUGCCGGGCCUUCGGGCGGACAGUCGAGUGGCGGACCCGGCUUCAACCACGCAGCCUCCCACGAACACCUCGAGUCACAGCUCCUCAAGGUUCUCGACCUGAUCGAUCUCGACGACAGCACUCACAAGACCCGCCUGGACUUGAAGCGACCAACUGGGCACACGAUGCUGCAUCUGGCAUGCUCGCUCGGCUACCACCGAUUCGUCGCGGCGCUUCUCGCUAGGGGGGCGAACCCUGACGCUCGGGACAAGGGCGGCUUCACGCCGCUACACGUAGCUGCGAUCAACAACCACCCCGAGAUUGUCAGGCGCUUGAUGCUUGUUGGGGCCGACCCGACCAUGAGGAGUCUGUCCAGCCUCACGGCUGCCGACGUCGCGCAGUCACGACAGGUGCUGCGCGCCAUUCGCCAGUCCGAGCGCCACGCUCGGUCGUUCAGCGGUGGCUCUCUGCACAGCCGAACGAGCAGCGCCACAUCGUUGCGUUCACUCUGGGAGCCGAUGACCAGAGCUCACACACACGAGGAGCCAAUCGCUGUCGACGACGGCGAGGAGAGUCCCGAGUACACCUCUGGGGACUUUGAAGACGAGGACCCUGACGAGGAUAUGUACCUCCACAUGCGGCGACAGAGCCGGGCGAGAGGUGAUCUGGACAGUACUGACCAUCUUGGAGACGACUCGGACGAGGAAGUCCGUGGGCCUGGGUCGCCGACGACACAGUUCGCGGCCCUGAAAGACCAAUUGCAACAGCAAUUCCACCAGCUUCAGCAGUCGAUGGCACUGCAUCUCCAGAGCCUUCCACAGAUGCCGCAGAUUCCAACCUUCCCCGGCAUGCCGUUGCUGCCCGACUAUCAAGCGUACCUCCAGCAGGCUCCGUUCAUGCGUCGCAUGCAGCAGCUAAUGCCGGGUGGAUCCGGUGGCCGUCCAGGCUCGCAGGACGCCGGAAAUCCCAAGAUGGACAGCCGCUGGUGGGACCUCAGCUCUUACAUGCAGAAUGGCGCCCAAGCGCCCCCCGCAUACGAGGACAUUUUUGGGCGGCAGGAUGCCGACACGAAGCAGGAGUCGGCGAUUCGCGCGGCCGCCGAUGCAGAGGCAGACAUCAAGUGCACAACCUUGUACGAUCAGCCACCUACAUCUACCUCUGCGGCGACCGAGGCAAAGACGAUCACACGGGCAACGUCACCCGGGGUGUUGAAGAUUGGACGCAAGAACGCCAUCACCAAAGAGCAACAAGAACAGUUCCUUGCGGCACACGAAAAGAAGCUGAAGAAUCUCAGCAGUGACCGGAACUUGUUCUUUAUCUGGAUACCUCUCCUCUUGGUCAUGGUUUGCGCCAUGCUUUACAGCUACUUCCCCUCGCUUUUCCCUUUCCUGUGGUCGUCUGCGCGUGCAUUGGUCCAGGUCGGGCAAACGCAGGUCGCACGCCUGAUCCCGCAAGGGACGGGAGCGCCACCCGUUGAGGUAUAACGCAUCAUGACGACGGCUUUGUUUUAUUCGCUUCUAGAGUACGGCGCUUCAGAGAUUUGCGGUACAGGUGUUGUCAACCAUUUAUCAUUCUCGGACACCAGUUUAGGGACCUGCACAUUUGUUGCUAGAGCGGCCCUCAUCACCAUCGUUUCAGGUUAUGGAACAGCAAGGCAUUACAAUGGGGGGCAUGGAACGUGAUUCGCACUUGUCUGGGCUCGCUCUACAGAUGAGGGCUGGAGUGUCAGAGACAGGCACUGGCGGAAUUUGAAAGAUGUUCGCAGGUGGGCCACUUUCGUGGGCCGGCUAAUGGCGGAGUGGUGGAAUUGUCUGUCAGUGUGAAGGACUCUGCCACGGGGCUGCGCUCCUUGGACGGGGCAGGGAGGCAAGGAAGGGUACGCACGAGUGUCUGGGUGGUGGUAUCAUGUGCGGAAGGGACGGACGGCUCUGGGUAUAGCAAGGGCUUGUAUAUGUUACAAGAUGUAGGACAUUCUAGCGCGCGCGGCUACACGCAGCGCUGUCAAAUGCGAGGACCAUUAGACUAGGCAUUGCUGCCGCAUCAUCGUUGGGCUGGCAUUUGUGGCGUCGUGUGCGUUGAUCAUUUACCGGUAUGUAUGUAUGUAUAGUAGUAUACUCGGCCACGAGGCCACUGCCGUCCUCUUCAA